AUGGUAGUCGAAAUCGAAGAAACAAAGCCCGAUUACGUAACAAUCGCUAGAAAUCUCGCUGCCAACACUCUUCCUGAACGAGAAAGAGCCUUCAAAUAUUUAAAAAAUGUCUUUCAAAAAUCUACAGUUUUGUCCCGAACAGAAGCUCUCUGCGCUUGGAAAGGAAUGUUUUUCAUGAUGUGGCAUUCCGACGGUCUGGAAGUUCAGGAGCAACUGGCGGAAAGAAUGGCGAAGAUCAUCUUCAUGCUGGACAAUGACAAGAGCAAGUGGAACUUCAUCCAAGGCGCGCUCGAAAUCAUCAACCGAGAAUGGACGGGGAUCGACCGCCUCAGAAUGUCAAAAUUCAUGCUUCUCGUCCGCCUCCUCCUCCGUUUCUCCCUUGAAACUUUGGCGAACAACUCUUGGAAAAUCGGAGAAGUACAGUGGUUCAUCGGCGUCCUUUCCGCCGGCCCUCUACAGUUCCAUCAACCAGUUGGAAAGUCGUCUUGUCCCCUAGGCCUACGUUAUCAUUUCGUCGACAUAUGGACAGAAGAACUCAUCAAAAUCGGCGGAACAAAGGCUGAGAAGGGGCCAAUGCCGACAGAAAUCGCGCACGAAUUGAUCUUCUGCUGGGCGAAGGUCGCUGCUCAGACGAAAAUUGGACCGUUUCGGCAGAAAAUUGUAAAGCUGAUCUUUGAGGAUCUGAUUGAAAGGUCAGAGCCGAGCAUGGAAGUCAUGAGAAAAGCUGGCGAAGAAAACCCGGGCAUCGCGGAAACUGUCGCUGGAAUGGAAGAAGAGGGAACUCUAGAAUUGGAUUUCGACCAGCUUGUGCAGAAACUGAUCGAAUUUAUGCAAGAAAGUGAAAAUGUAAACAAAAAGCAGCAGAAAGCGAUGAAUCGAGUUCUCCAGCGACUGAAGAGCGUUGCCGAAGGCGAAUGCCCAAUGGACGAGAUCAGCGACUGGACGAUGGAAACGGACGAUGUCGACAAAUUCCUCUACCACACAGAAGAGGGAUACUCGAAGAAGGAAUUGAAAAAGUGGGACGGCGUCAAGAAAGCGUAUUCCAUCGAUGGCGAUAUUUCAAAGAAGCUCGAGAAGUUUUUGGACAUCGAAGAUGACCAGAUUGAUUCUAGAGAAGCAAAAGAGGCGGCAGAACAGCAGUGGUCAGAAGUCGAAAUUGCUUCUGGAGAAGAAGACGAAGGAUUCGGAACUGACGAGUUGGAACAACCAAGCGCGGAAGUCGAGCGCGUCAUUCGAAAACUAAAGAGGAAAAGGAAAGUGGCCAAGAAUCUCGCAAUCCUAGAGGCUGAUGAAUCGGCGCCUAUCCCCGCGCCCGCGACAACUGAGCGCACCGCAGUGAAAGAGACGAAAACACAGAAAAAGAAGAAAACCAGCAAAAACGAGAAAAUGGGAGUCUUCGAAGAUGUCGCCAGAAUGUCGCCUCCAUGGUAUGAAGGCACUACCGAUGCUCAACCUCGUCCCUGGGACUCGCCAGAACGUCCCAAUUAUACCAUCGACGAUACUAUACUCGACGAUGAAAAUCUCUUCGAUGACGAAAAAGAGGACGAGGACAUCGUCCUCGAAAUAAAAAAGCGAGAUGAGCCGGCAAAAACCUCCCUUGCAGAGUUAGCCGAACAGAUCCGAAGGAACAUCGACAAGAUACCGAGUGAGGAUCCAAGGGUGAACGCGUGCAAAGAACCGCGCAAGAAAUUCGGCAAGAAACUGAAGGGCGAAGACCUCAAGUUCGUCAAAGUCGCUGACGAACCUUCGGAACCAUCCGGCACUGCCUUCGUCACAGCUGCUCAGCGGAAACUGAUGAAGAAGCAAAAGAAGCAGUCGAAGGUUAACAAAGAGGCGGUGAAGCAGAACUAUUCGAAGGAGUUCAAAUUGAAGUUCCGCGAACAGAUUGCGGAGUUCAAGCCCUUCAAGAAAUUGGACAAGCCAGAGGUCGUGGGAAAGCACCAAGGCGAUAGCUCCGUUCCCAACGCUCACGUGACGCCCACCAAGAGCUGCUUACGCGUCAAGACUCCCCCAAGAAAGAUCGUCGGAAACAAGGGCAAGUUAAAAUGGCAAGGAUAG